UAGGUUCGUCUGUGAAUCAGUGGUAUGAGUUCUUUGCGGUUGACGAUGAAGCUCUCGUUAAUUACCGUCGUAUUUGUCAUCGUUUUCCUUGUGUGCACAGAUGGAAAACGCCAGCGUUCUGAACAAGCGUGUAUGGCCAGACUUUUGAGUUUGCAAACAGAAAUCAACUGUGUCAAAAGCCGACUGGGCGACUGUCGAUUAAUACUAACCUCCCCGUUUACAAGGUUAGCAGCUGCCUUCCAGAAAGAGACAUACUUCCAAAUUGCGACAAGCAGACCGAAAGCAACAACCACGCCAAAGGCGACAACCACACCGAAGCUGACAACCACACCUAAGCCGACAACCACACCGAAGCUGACAACCACACCGAAUCCGACAACCACACUGAAGGUGACAACCAUACGAAAGGCGACAACCACACCGAAGCUGACAACCACACCUAAGCCGACAACCACACCGAAGCUGACAACCACACCGAAUCCGACAACCACACUGAAGGUGACAACCAUACGAAAGGUGACAACCACACCGAAGCCGACAACCACACUGAAGCCGACAACUAAACCAGGGCCAAAGCGCAACUGCCUGGAUGUGAAGAACUACGACACGCGGGCCACUGACGGCAUCUUCUCGAUCACCUCGCCUACAGGGGUUCCGGUCAUCGUCAGGUGCGACAUGACAACUGCCAACGGCGGUUGGUUAAUAUUCCUCAGGCGGGUCCAGGGUGGAGUGAAUUUCAACAGGACUUGGGACGAAUACAAACAAGGUUUCGGCGAUCUCGAUGGUGAUUUCUGGUGGGGAAAUGAACAUCUACACGAGUUUACGUCAGCACAGCCCUCCGAGAUGCGGAUAGACAUGUGGGAUUGGGAAGGUAACCACGCCCACGCCUUGUACAACAGCUUCCUCGUGGACGACGAGGCACAAAACUACACCAUUCACACCGGCAGCUAUAGCGGUGAUGCCGGAGAUGCGUUCCACAACAGAUGGGAUCCCCAGGACAACAUGCCUUUCAGCACCUACGACCAUGCCGUUCGUGGCAACUGCGCCGUGAGUUUACUCGGCGGCUUCUGGUACAACAUGUGUGGGACAGGCUUCCCAAACGGCGUCUACCACAAACAAGGGACGAAACCCUCUCACCGUAACGGACCCGGGGUAGAAUGGUUCUCGUGGAAAUAUGACAAGUAUUACCUGAAGGAAUUCGUGAUGUCAUUCAGACCAAAGGGAUCAGCAUAAAGAAGAAGUAUAAAGAAUUACUGUCUCAAAGAUUACUGUGUUGAAAUAAAACCGUACUUUAUGUA